AUGCCUCGCAAUGGAAGAUCUCCAACUGGAGGUCUUGCUUCUCGAACAGGUUGGAUAGGAUCCGUUGCCAGGUUUUGGGAAAAAACUUAUGCCCCGGAUUAUGUAGGGCUGGCGCUGCUUCUAUCAGCAUAUAUCCUGCUCGUCUUCUUUGUUGAACCUUUCCAUCGAAUGUUCUUCAUCAACAAUAUCAAUAUACAAUAUCCGCAUGCUGCGGUAGAGCGUGUUCCAGUUCCCUGGAAUAUUGCGUACGCUGGAGGCCUACCUUUCAUAUGCUUGGUCGUUUGGCUUUCCGCUUCAAAAGCUUCACUUCACAAAUUCCAUGUGACAAUUCUAGGUUUCUUGAUAAGCAUCUUCCUGACACUGUUCAUUACAGAUACCAUCAAGAACGCAGUGGGACGACCUCGACCGGACUUGAUAUCUCGGUGCAAGCCAGCAGCUGGAACCCCAAAGGACGUCCUUGUCACCAUCGAUAUAUGCACAGAAUCGGAGCAUCACAUACUACAUGAUGGAUGGAGAAGUUUCCCAUCGGGACAUUCCUCCUUUGCAUUCAGCGGUCUCGGGUUCCUGGCCUUGUUCUUUGCUGGACAGAUGCACGUCCUGCGCCCUAGAACAGAUCUUUCAAAAGCGUUGCUGGCUAUCGCCCCUUUACUGGGAGCUGCUAUGAUCGCUAUUAGUCGCUGCGAAGAUUAUCGACAUGAUGUUUAUGACGUUACUUGCGGCUCCAUCCUCGGAAUGGGUAUCGCAUACUUCUCAUAUCGAAGAUACUACCCACGAUUGCGAACACAAAAAUGUGACCAGCCAUAUCAGUCUCGCGAAGCGAGUUUCAAUGAGGGGUUUGGGAAGAUAAAGAAUGAUGAGGAGAACACCAGGUCUCCUAGAGACUUUGAACUGAGCGACGAAGAGGAUGCACAAUAA